AUGAAUAAAUGGACUUUAAUAAUAUUAGGCUUAGUAUUUCUAAGCAAUGUUUGUGCAUACAAAAUACUCGUGGCGUUUCCCUACCCGGGGAAAUCUCAUUCUAUUUUAGGAGAAGGAUAUGUAAGACAUUUAUUGGAAGCCGGUCAUGAGGUCACUUACAUUACUGCACAUCCAUACAAAAAACCUCACCCGAAUCUUAAACAAGUUGUGAUAGCAUCAGUCAUCGAUAAAUUCGAGUUUGCACAAUCAUUAGAUUUCAAGAAGAUGCUGUCAAAUGAGGUAGAUUUCAAAGAUAUGUUUGGUAUAUAUGAACUUAUGGUGGUAAUUGCAAACAGAUCCCUCACACAUGAGAACGUACAGAAAUUCAUGAUGGAUCCCAAUGAGAAAUUCGAUUUGGUUAUUGCUGAAUGGCUGUACCAUCACUUGUAUGCUGGAUUCGCAACUAUCUUUAACUGCCCAUACAUAUGGUCGUCGUCAUUGGAACCUCACCCAGUUGUCCUGGAUUUGAUUGAUGAGGUCGGCAACCCGGCUUACUUCCCCGAUCACAUGUCACCGAUCACACCACCGUUUACUUUUAUGGAGCGUAUCAGUGAACUUUGGAACCUAAUCUAUCUGUACCGAGUGUUGUGGUCUGUAAGAGAUACAGAAGAAAAAGCAUUCAGAGAUUCCUUUGGUGCUGCUGCAGCAAAACGAGGAAUCACUUUACCGGCCUUGUACGAUCUAAAGUACAAUAGUUCUAUGAUGUUGGCUAACUCCCAUUAUUCAUUAGGUGAUCCUCAGAGGUUGCCAGCAAAUUAUGCUGCCAUUGGAGGAUAUCAUAUAGAGGAUGAGAUCCCACCAUUGCCGAAGGACUUACAAAAGAUUAUGGAUAGUGCCACUGAUGGAGUUAUCUACUUCAGUAUGGGGUCCAUGGUGAGGAGUGAAACUUUGCCCAUGGAACUGAAAAGACAAUUAUUAGACGUCUUCUCAAAAUUGAAACAGACAGUCAUUUGGAAGUUUGAUGGAGAUCUAGAAAAUGUGCCUAAAAAUGUCCACAUGGUAAAAUGGGCACCACAGCCAAGUAUUUUAGCGCAUCCAAACGCCAAAAUAUUCGUCACCCACGGUGGUCUGCUUUCGACAACAGAAACUAUACACUAUGGAGUUCCUAUUAUUGGCAUACCGUUAUUCUCUGACCAGUUCCUAAACGUCAAAAGAGCAAUCCGAAAAGGUUUUGCUUUGGAAGUCCCAUUAGGAUAUGAUACACCAGCAAAACUGGAUAUAGCUAUCCGAGAAAUUUUGUCAAACCCUAAAUACCGUGAAAAGGUUAAAGAAUUAUCCUUUAUCUACCACCAUCGGGAGACAAAGCCUGGUAAAACCCUCGUACACUGGAUUGAGCAUGUCAUAGAAACCAAGGGUGCUCCUCAUCUGCGUUCACCAGCUCUUCAUGUUCCACUUUAUCAAAAACUGUACUUAGACCUUUUAGCUUUAAUUAUACUUGGACUUGUAAUUAUAAAAUGUAUUGUCAAGUCACUGUUCUGUUCAAAAAGUGAAAACAAGAAGAAAGGUGAAGAUAAAAAGAAAAAGAGAAGUUGA